AUGAAGUUCUUAACAUGCAUCGUAAUGACAAUGCUUUUAUUUAUGGUGAGAAUUGAUGACUCAUUGUCAGCUAGCUGUUUCACAUGUAAUCCAUGUCCUACACCAUUUUAUCCCGGAUCCAAUUUAAUUAGAAAUAAAACAGGCUGUAGAUGGUGUGCUAAAAUUGAACCUAACGGUUAUCCAUAUACUGUUAGAGAUUGUGUUGAUGUAUGUGAAGCAAAUUCUUGGUUCUAUAUGUUCAGUAAAUAUUCAUAUCAAUGCUGUACAAGAGAUUACUGUAAUAAGAGUCAUACAAAUUAUCCACCUCUACAAAUGAUAACAGUAAUAAUAUUUGCUAUUUGUUUCUAUAUCAAUAAAAUGAAUUCAAAAAUGUAA